UUGCUGUCAACUUGACCCUUCCAGGCUCUGAGGAAGGCGAAAUCCGCCAAAAUGUCAGCUUAAAGAUAUAUUCAAUCAAUGCCGAGAAACUAUAAUCGAUCUGGUUAUAUUGUUUACUGAAAAUACUCAGUUCUAUAUUGAUUUCGUACGAAGCUUAGAAGAAAACGGCGUAGAGGUCGCAGAUGAACUGUACAAGGUUUGUGCUAACUGCAUGGUGGAUUCAAUGGAGACUUGUUUUCGGAUAUUCUUAAAUGAUGAUCUAUCGGAAAUAUUGGUUAUCAUUCGCGAAUCAACUCAGCAGUUAUGUUACGGCACAACUGGGCUUGCACUUUGGCAGGCAUCGUGUGAUUUGUCAAAUUUACUUUGUCGUUUUUUCGAUCUCACAGGCACCAUUGUAUUGGAACUUGGCGCAGGAUGUGGUUUAACAGGUAUUGCAAUUGCGAAAACCUUCCGCGGAUCUUCUGUAACGCUGUCUGACUGCGAUCCGAACGUUUUGAAUCAGUUAAUGUUUAACGUUAGUGGGUUGAGACAUAGCCGGAACGAAGGACUGCUGAACAUUGACUGGACGUCCUUCACUUUGUCUCAGUUGUUCGAGAUUCCAGACGUUGUUGUAGCAGCAGACGUAGUAUACGAUUGUUCAAUGUUUCCUGCAUUAUGCCAUGUUCUUCGUCAGUGUCUCUCAGUUAAGAGGAAAUCCCGUGCUUAUAUCGCAUGUACUGUGCGUAAGGAAGAAACUUUUCUGGGGCAGAUUUGGUCUAAAAUUUUCUUGCUAUAUCAGGACGAGGCAUUUUUAUUUCCUGAUGGCUCCAUUUACAAAUGUGUAUCUCUUUUUCCCUACUCGUCCACAUUGAAAGCUCCUACGGUUAUAUUUGAGGUAGUGUAUAGAGACAUGAGCAGUUAG